UAGGAAAACAAAAAUCAUCUCAUUAAGGAGAAAGACAGCGCCAGCGAUUAAAAAGGAAAACGAGCUCCUCAAAAAUUAGCAAAAAUCCUUCACCAAUUUUCUGUUAUUACGCGUUUCAUACGAGUAUGUUAAUUUAAUUAUUCAAUGUUACCAAAAUCAUCAUCAUUUUCCCUGUUUAAAUAACCCUUUCAAUCUUGCUCUUCCCUCUCAUUCAAAAAUAAAAUUAAAAAUAUACAUAUUAAUAAUAAACCAUCUUUGAAUGAUCAACGUUUUAAAUUUCUUCUUCUUCUUCUUCUAGUUUUGGAAUUCCAAAUUUUAUGCUCUGCCCUUCAAAAGAACAUACCUUGAAAUAGUUCUACGUACCUUUUUUUUUGUUAGGGAAAAGGGUUUAUUUUUUUACUUUUGUUUGUGAUUUUGUAUGUUCUUUUUUUCCCUUCUCCCUUGAAGGGAGGCAAUUCCAUCUUACAAAUUUAUCUUUUUCAUCUUCUUAAUAAAUUAAUUAAUUGAUUUUUUUGUUACUUUUGUGGGUUUUUUGGAAAAUAAUAAAAUCAUAAUUGAUGAUUAUGAGGUGUUUUUCAUGCAUAAAUACACCCAGAAAGAGGCUUACUUAUGAAGAUCAAAGACUCUUUGAUCCUGAUUCCCCCUCUUAUUUAUACACUCCAGAUGGGAAGGAAAAAUCACCUUUUGGACCUGCAGAACAAGAUAGGAAUAAUCAGAAUGGGGUUGACAUUCUGAAUUCAGCUCAGAGCUUUACUUUCCAGGAACUUGCAGUGGCGACUAGGAACUUUAAAGAGAGUAAUUUGAUCGGAGAAGGUGGUUUUGGGAAGGUUUAUAAGGGCCGUCUAGAUAAUGGACAGAUAGUUGCUACUAAAAAGCUUAAUUUGGAGGACAGCCUUCAAGGAAAUCAAGAGUUCAUAGUUGAAGUUUUGAUGUUAAGUUUGCUGCAUCAUACCAACCUAGUUACUCUGAUUGGCUAUUGUGCUGAAGGAGAUCAAAGACUGUUGGUUUACGAGUACAUGCCCAAGGGAAGCUUGGCCGACCAUCUUUUUGAAUGUGAGAGUGACAAGUAUGUCCUGGAAUGGAACACACGGGUAAAAGUUGCUGCAGGUGCUGCAAGGGGACUACAAUAUCUACAUUGUGUAGCCAAGCCACCUGUAAUCUAUCGCGAUCUGAAAUCAGCCAACAUUUUGUUAGACAACGAGUUCAACCCAAAACUCUCAGAUUUUGGAUUAGCAAAACUAGGUCCCGUUGAUGAUAAUAGUCAUGUGUCAACAAGGGUCAUGGGAACAUAUGGAUAUUGUGCUCCAGAGUAUGCUAUGACUGGAAAACUCACUGUAAAAUCUGACAUUUUUAGUUUUGGUGUAGUCUUACUGGAAAUUGUCACAGGAAAGAAGGCCUUUGAUGUUUCAAAGGGGCAAGGCCAUCAGAGUCUAGCUGUUUGGUCUCGGCCCUAUUUGAAAGAUCGGAGAAAAUACACAGAGUUGGUGGAUUCACGACUAAGGGGAAAGUUCCCUACACGCUCUGCUCGUCAUCUGAUUGCUGUUACCUCCAUGUGUUUGAACGAUGAACCACACCGUAGGCCGUCUAUAAACGACAUUGUAGUGGCUCUGGAUUACCUAGCAAAUGAAUGUGUGUCACCUCAAACAGCAUCUUCAACUGCUAAAAGUACCCCUACACGUUUUAGUCCCUUAACGCCAGAACAUAAGGUUAAUCCUCGGUCUCCAUUGAAGCUCUUCCAGAAGGACAAUUCUCCAAAGAAAAUCCACAGAUAGAAAAGGAGAAAUAUAGCUACUCAAUUUUAAUGAGAUAAAUCAUUCUCGAUCAUUGCAUUUGUAUGUUCAGUUCUACUCUCAAAUGCUUAGUUCCAAGGACAAAGAGGAGGAGAACAAGUGACACACAUGAAAUGGAGAGAUGACAUUCAGCAGAUUUUUUUAUUAUUAUUUUUAAGAUGGAAAAGAAUAUAUUUAUCUCUACAUGCUUGCCUUAAAGUUCUUUUAAAUAGCCAUCUUUUAAGGGAUGGAGGGAAUAAAUGGUUAGUGGACCGUAAGUAAAAGAGGUGAUUAUUAAUGAGUAAAGUGUGUGCAAUGGUAUUAGUAAAUCGUGUUAAUAGAAAAUCUAGUACGUUUUUGUUCACAAACAUAAUGGGAAGUGCUAUUAUUGUAAACGUUGUCACAUGAGAAAUACUGCAUAGUUUGUAAUUGUAUGCACAAAAUAUUGUAAACCAGAUGCAAUUAUUGAACACUAAAGUUAGCUAA